AUGCUGUACCCGAAGGAGGACAAAGAGAACAAGGUCCUCCUGUACGCCUGCCGUAACUGCGAACAUGUCGAGCAGGCCGAUCUCAAACAGAUAGAUAAGGACGGCUAUGAGGUCCAGACCGGUGCCGCCUGGCGAAUCUACCGAAACGAGAUCACCCAAAAGCCUGCUGGCGGUGCUCAGAUCUUCCACGAGGUGAUUACGGACCCAACGCUGCCACGCACGAAGGGUGCUCUGUGCGAGCAGUGCGGCGGAAGGGAGGCCGUGUUCUUCCAGGCCAACAGCGGUAACAGUGAGCAGGUGUUCACGCUAUUCUUCAGCCCCGUCAUCUACAGCAAGAACGAAAAGGAAAGUGCGUGUGCGUGUGCGGUGGUGUGUGUAAACAAAGCGGGUGAACGAGUGCGUGCUGGUGAAUGCAAUGCUAUUCUAUUCCUUCAUUCCUUCCUUUCCUUGGUUUAG